AUGAAGUCGUUCCGAGCAUGGCGCCAAGAGAGCCAAUGGCAGCUGGACGAAGAUGGCAGCGAGUGUGAUGUUCCAGAAGGAGGCAGUAGUGGGCACGUGUCGCGCGAGGCAGCAGGAGGAGGUAUGCGCCGUGGAGACACUUUGCGGAGCAUCACCAUGCCCACGUCGGAUGACCGCGAGCUAAGCGGCGGCCGGGUCGUCAACGAGGAGGCUAUCUACAACAUGCGCAAGAGAUGGAUCAGUGACCGCUUGAUGGAGAGGGAGGGCAACUUCUGCCGAUACCCGUCCGUGACAGUGUUUUGCGGCACGUACAACGUGGCUGGAAAGAAGUCCGAGGGCGAAGAUCUGGGACCCUGGCUUAAGCAGUGCACAGGGGAACCUGACAUCUACGCUCUGGGGUUCCAGGAAAUCGUGGACUUGAACGCCGUCAACGUGGCGGUUUCGGAUAGCAAGAGCCAACAGCGUGCGGCGAUAUGGCGGCAAGAGCUGGAGAACUUCCUCUCGACCAAGAGGAGCCGGUACAACCUAGUCGAGCACCGCAGCCUGGUCGGCAUCGUCCUGUUCGUGUACGUGAGAGAAAACCACAUCCAAGAUGGGGCCGUCAAAGACGUCCAGGCAACGACGGCAAGGGUAGGCAUGAUGGGGGUCAUGGGUAACAAGGGGGCGGUGGUGGUGCGGCUCUCGCUGUACGACAGCACGCUCUGCUUCGUGUGCGCGCACAUGGCCGCGAAGAGGGCUAACGUUCAAGGCAGAAACGCCGACUUCUGGAGCAUCUUGAAUAAGACGGCUUUCGUGGGGGACCCAGAAACGGCUUGGGAGUUCCGAGACCUUCCGUGCGAAUUCAGCCGUGGGCGCGUGGAGGGCGGGGUAGGCAUUCUGGACCACGAUGUAGUGUUUUGGCUGGGCGAUCUGAACUACCGUGUCUCCGAGACGGUGCACCUGGACGAGGUGUUCCGACGCUGCCGCAGCAAGGAGGGGAAGGUCUUCCUCCAGGCGCACGAUCAGCUCAACCUAGAGAGAGCGCGGGGCCCCCGCGCAGCCUUCGGGGAGUUCGAAGAGGCUCCUAUAACUUUCCCACCAACGUACAAGUACCAGCCUGGGACACAACUGUACGAGGAGCGGCCAGACAAGAAGCGGCGUGCGCCGGCGUGGUGUGAUCGAGUUCUGUGGCGAACUCGUGACGUCGGGCACGUGACUUCCGUCAGAUAUGCUAGGGGAGACCUUGUCUUGUCCGACCACAAGCCAGUGUGUGCCGAGCUAUCUGUCAAGAUCCGCCUCAUCGAGCGCGCGGAGCACCGGCGAAAUUUCGAGGACAUAACCGGCCAGAUCCGACGGGUAGAGUCGCAGGGCUCCGCCCCGGAGAUAACUCUCGGGUCGUCCGCCAUCGACCUAGGAGAUGUCUACUACAGGACGAUGGCGUCGAUGGUGCUGAGGGUGGCCAACGUCGGUCAAGGGCUGGCGUUUCUUAGAUUCACCUCCAAGCUGGGCGAGCUAGUGCCGUUCCGAAGGUGGCUGCGUGUGGAGCCGCCCUUUGCUCUGCUGACGCCAGGGGAGAGAGCGGAGUUCCGUGUGUCGGUGUUCAUAGAUCGCCUAACCGCACGGGAUCUAUGCGCAGGCUUCGAAGUAUUAGAGGAACUUCUGGUCCUACGCCUGGAGGGGGGAGCAGAGCACUACGUCCCCGUGUUGGGGCGUUACGCGAGCCGGGCCUUCGGAACUCCGUUGGAGCAGCUCUCGGCAAGACACGGCUCGCAGGCAGCGCGGUUAGGAAUUCCAGUAGAGCUGUGGAGGUUAGUGGACUCGGUGAUCGGAUCGGGGGCCCUGCAGACGGCAGAGGGCGCGGCGGAACUCUUCCCGCCCGUGGAGACGGCCAUGCCUCCCGACGUCCCACUGGACGACCAGACGGCGGCUGUGCUCAGGUGCCUGGACGCAGGCUCCGAGUUCCCGCCGUCGAUCGAGCGACCGGCGCUGGUGUCUGCCAUGCUGGCGUUCUUGUCGUCCCUGCCAGAGCCCGUCGUACCGGUAGCCGCGGUGAAGGCCGUAGAGUCGGAGCUCGCGGCCCACCGGGUGUCGGGGGCAAGCGGCCAGGGGGCAGGCGGGACCGCCGGAGGGGCUUGGGGGGAAACGUUCCUGAGAGCCUUGUCUCCCUCCCAGCACAACACGUUUCUUUACGUGGCGGGCUUUUUGCGAGAGGUUGCCAGGGCAGGACGGUCAGCGGGACUGCGUAGCGGGCCGUUGGCAUCCUUCGCGUGCGACUCACUGUGCUUCCCGGAUCCCCCCUGGCUCGGCUCCGUUGGUUCUAGCAGCAGCAGCACCAUCGUGGGCGCAAGCGAUAGGUCUAGCGACACGAGCGUGACUUGGCAGGAGCACCGAGAGGUGUUCCGUGUCCUGCUCAGCUCCUUCGUGUCGGCGACGAGAUAAAGUUAUCAUGGCAUAUAGGGUUAGGAGACCUCUGUAAUAGCUGCACCUAAGACAUGUAAGACAUGUUAUGUAUAGACAUUCUAUUCCUGCAUCCGUCCAUGUAUCUCUACUGCUGGGGGCACAUCACGAUAUAUAUAUUUUUGCGUGUAUGCAAGCGUGGGCCAGAUGAUGGUUCUAUGGCGUAGUGUCAGGCGGGGUGCGGAUGGUGGGACGUGGCGCGCAAGACUUCAACCUCAGGGGCCCAGGGGUGCAUUUGGUCCGGGCUGAGAAGUUGAAGUUGUUGUAGUGCGCCUCCUUUGUUCUUGGUUCGCUGUCGCUUGGUGUGUUUGGAUCAUCGGUAGAUGCCGCUGCAUAUGCUGGGAUUCGGCGAGUCAGCCGGCCUUCCUAAUUGUGGGUUAGUUGACCGAAGGUGUUUCGAGGCGAUCUCGAUGUUCCCAGUCUUAUGCUUGUUAGACGCCAAGGACAAGUGUUGUACGCUCAUGUGCUCCGCACGCCCACAAGAAUAGGCGACAUUGUAUGAAUAUCGUGAUAGCAGGGAGAGGCUGCUGCGAGGAUGUAAGUAAGACGAGCGCUGCGGUGCUUGCCUUUGUUUUUUAUCGCGAAAAUGGUUGGUGAUUCAGCGGUCUCUUUCCCUCUUCGACCAUUAAGUGGGCGUGUGUGUGUACUCCCGAAAGGAAUCGUUGGCCA